AUGGGUAAAAAAGUCGUUGAUCUCGAACCCGAGACUCCUUUCCACACCUUCACGGUCGAACAGACCGCACAACACUACAGCACCAGCAUCACCGAGGGUCUCUCCUCCUCCGAGGCUGCAGCCCGUCUCAAGAAGUAUGGUGCUAACGAGCUCCAGGGCGAAGGCGGAGUCAAAUGGUACAAGGUUCUCUGGCGCCAGGUCGCCAACGCCCUCGUCCUCAUUCUCUUGAUCGCCACCGCAUUGGCGUUUGCAACAGGAGAUUACGCUGAGGGAGGAGUAAUUCUCUUCAUUAUUGUCAUGAACGCAGCCAUCGGAUUCUGGCAAGAGUUCAACGCUGAGCAAACCAUGGAGGCCCUCCGCAACAUGUCCUCCCCCACUUCUCAGGUCAUCCGCGACGAGACUCGCACCACCAUCCCUAACAACCAGGCUGUCCCCGGAGACAUCAUGAUCUUCGAGGACGGCGAUGUCAUCGGUGCCGACUGCCGCCUCUUUGAGGUCUUCAAUCUCGAGACCGAUGAGGCUCUUCUUACUGGAGAGUCCCUCCCCGUCCAGAAGAACUUGGAGCACAUCGAGAGCGCCGACGAGGCCCUCGGUGACCGUCUCAACAUGGUCUUUGCAUCGACCACCGUCGUCAAGGGUCGCGCUAAGGGUAUCGUCACUAACACUGGAAUGAAGACUCAGAUCGGAAAGAUUGCUACGACUCUUAUGUCCGUCGACUCUGACGAGCAGACCCCUCUCCAGAAGCGUCUCAACAAGAUGGCCUACUUUGUCUUCCUUGCUGCCCUUAUCCUCGUCCUCAUCGUCUUUGCUGUCCACAAGUUCAAGUACAGCAAGGAAGUUGCCAUAUAUGCCAUCUCUGUCUCGAUCGCCAUCAUCCCUGAGGGUCUCGUUGCUGUUGUUACUCUGACCAUGGCCUUUGGUGUUUCCCGCAUGGCCGAGGUCAAGGCCAUUGUCCGUCGUCUGUCCUCCCUCGAGAGUUUAGGUGCCGUCACCAACAUUUGCUCAGACAAGACCGGUACCUUGACUCAGUCCAAGAUGGUUGCUGUCCGCAUGUGGUUCCCCAGCGAUGGUUUCUACCGCAUCACCGGUACCGGUUUCGUCCCCGAGGGUGAUAUCUUCCACCAGGGCGAGUCGACCGAUGGCAAGUACUAUGAGCAGGAUGAGCAGAUUCCCGCUGGCACUGGCUCUAACCACUACCUCCGCAUGAUCCAGACCGCCUCUCUCUGCAACAUGUCCGAGCUCCGUCGCACCCAGCACCCCGAGACCCACGGCGAGUGGACUGCCAUUGGUGACCCCACCGAAAUUGCCCUCCAGGUCCUCGCCUACAAGGCUGGCCUUGCCAAGCCCGACUUGGUUGCAAAGGGCUUUAACUUGAUCGCUGAAUUCCCCUUUGAUUCUUCAGUCAAGCGCAUGUCCGUCCUCUACAAGACCCCCGAGACCUCUAUGGGCCCCAGCGAGCACUUGAUCUUUAUGAAGGGAGCCACUGAGCGUGUCAUUGGCUGCUGCAGCUACUGGCGCGACGGCGACAACGAGCGGCCUAUCGCCUCUGAGAAGGGUGGCGAUGGCCGCGUCGAGUUUGAGGCUAUGAUCACCGAGAAAAUGAACACUCUUGCCUCGAAGGGUCUCCGUGUCUUGACCCUCGCCUACCGCAAGUUUGAGGCAGCCCCCGAUGUUGACCUUGUCCAUGGUUUGGUCCGUGAGGAGGUUGAGACCAACAUGGUCUUCUUGGGUCUUGUCGGUAUCUAUGACCCCCCUCGUGCCGAGUCCCGCCCUGCCGUCCUCAGCUGUUACCAGGCCGGUGUUCGUGUCCAUAUGUUGACCGGCGAUCACCCCUCGACUGCUGCUGCCAUUGCCAAGGAAGUCGCCAUUAUCCCCGAGGAGCUCGAUGCUGCCAACAGCCCCCUGGUCAUGACCGCUGGUCAGUUCGACGCCAUGACCGAUGAAGAGAUCGACAACCUUGCCGAGUUGCCCCGCGUCGUUGCCCGUUGCUCACCCGACACCAAGGUCAAGAUGAUUGCUGCCCUCCAUCGUCGCGAUCUCUUUGCCGCCAUGACCGGUGACGGUGUUAACGACUCCCCCUCGCUCAAGGCCGCCAACGUCGGUAUUGCCAUGGGUCAGUCUGGAUCCGAUGUCGCCAAGCAGGCCGCCGAUAUUGUCCUGACCGAUGACAACUUUGCCACCAUCGUCCAGGCCGUCGCAGAGGGUCGUCGCAUGUUUGCCAACAUCCAAAAGUUUGUCCAGCAUCUCAUGUCUGCCAACGUUGCCGAGAUUGUCGUCUUGGUCAUUGGUCUUGCGUUCAAGGACGACGAUGGCAAUGCCGUCUUCCCCAUGAGCGCCGUCGAAAUUCUCUUCCUGAACAUGAUCACUUCCUCCCCACCGGCCAUGGGCCUCGGCCUCGAACCCCCAAGCGAGUCCAACAUGCGUGAGCCCCCACGUUCUGCCAAGCAGGGUCUCUUCUCGUUCGAGGUCAUCAUGGACACCUUCAUCUACGGUCUCGCCAUGGGUAUCCUCUCCUUCGUCAACUUUGUCAUCGUCGUCGUCGCCAUGAACAACAACAACUUUGGAUCCGAGUGCAACGCCCACUACUCGCAUGCUUGCGAAGGUGUCUUCAAGGCGCGUGCCACCGCCUACGCUACCUUGACCUUCUUGAUCCUCGCCCACGCCAUCAACUGCCGUUCCCUCCGCGAGAGCGGCUGGACCUACACCAACUUGUCGACUUUGAAGCACAACAGGAUGCUCUGGCUCUCGAUCAUUGUCGGCUCCCUUCUUGUCUUCCCCGUCAUCUACAUCCCCGGUGUCAACCACAAUGUCUUCAAGCACUCGAGCUUGUCUUACGAGUGGGGCUUUGUCGCCUGCGCCCUUGUUCUCUUCAUCGCCUUUGCCGAGAUCUACAAGCUGAUCAAGCGUAAGGUCAUGAAGCCCUUGUCCCUCCAGGAGAGUGCCGAGGUCAAGUUGGAUCGCUCAGCCACCGGCGUUGACUCCUUCAUGGCCAAGUAA